UAUUGUUUCCUAUGGAAACAUGGCCAGAAGUAUAUUGUCACAUGUAUGCUCCAAUCGUGGAAAUGAAAUACACGUGUUGUUCGAUACAUAUGUACCUUCAAGCUUGAAAGAAAGUGAGAGAAGACUGCGUGGAGCCGAUGAUCGUCCAUUUGUUAUCAGUGGUCCGGAGCAAGCACCCAAACAGAGCUGCCAGAAGUUGCUACAAAAUGGGAUUUUUAAAGAUCAGUUGGCAAAGUGUCUUCUCAAAGAAUGGCAAGAAGACCACUAUGGACCAAUUCUAGAUAAGAAGACACUUGUAGUAUCACAUGGAGGUAACUGUUCUCGCUUCAUCUUCAGUGACCUCAACUCCAAGAUGAACGUUGAGAAUCCGGGCCAUCUUCAGGGUAAACACGAGGAAGCUGACACUCUCCUUGCUUUCCAUGCAUCAAAUGUAGAUGGAAAUGUUAUGGUCAGAGCAUCAGAUACGGAUGUUUUGGUGAUCCUACUUGGAAUGAUAGGAAGGCGCAUGAAAAGUAAUAUGUCAUCAAACUGGAUUAUCAUGGACUGUGGAUCAGGUAAUAAUCGCCGAUAUAUUGAUGUUAGCUGCAUUGCCGCUGCUUUAGAAGCCAAACAAGAUGGAUUAGCAGCUGCAAUGCCAGGGCUCCACGCAUUUACAGGAUGCAACUAUACGGCUGCAUUUUACAGAAAAGUGAAGCCACUAGAAAUAUUAGAAAAGGACGCAGAAGGAACAUUCAUAGAAUUCUUCGACAGUAUGACUUCCAGAGAGGAACCAAAUCAGAUGAAAGCAGAAGAGUUUGUGUGCUCGCUGUAUGGUGUGAAGGACGUGAAGGAUGUAAAUGAGGCCAGAUAUGCCAAACUACUUCUGAUGACUGGAAAAAUAAAUCAGGAAAACCCAUUGGCCAGUGUCAAAAAGAUUGACUGCACGUUACUCCCACCUUGUGCAAGGACUCUGUGCAAUAAAACAAAACGGGCGCACUUCGUUAGCAUUGUGUGGGGCCAUGCCGAUUCAUCACAUCCAGAUCAGGGUUUGGAUCCACUGAACUACGGCUGGAAAGAUAAAAAUGGUUGCUACGUUCCUGACUGGUUCUCAGGACCUGCCGUACCCGAUUACCUUUUCCUCAAAGGAAAUGUCAGUGAAAGGGCUGUGGAUCUUGGAAAUGAUCAGCCAGAUCUUGCCGCAGAGUUUGAUGAUGUCCAUGAUGCCAGCUCUGAGUUACCCUGGAGUGAUGACUCAGAAAGCGAAACGGAGAUGUAGUGUUUCAGCAGUUUUUACCAAUUUCGCAGUUACGUUUAGUGUUUUAGUGUAACAAAGGAUACGAUUUAAUUUUCAUUUAACUAGCUGGAUGAAAAGAACCUAAACCAGCCGAGUGUUGACUUUGUUUUACAUUUGGAUUUUCAUUCUAUGACUCAUGGUUAAUAGCAUCCAUUUUGUUCUUUCAUUGACUGGAAGCCAAAGUAUUCAUUUUUAUUCUUUGUGCCAAAAGUAGUUGCCGGCCUAUAUAUUUUUUAAUGUUGCUGUUAUUCCUAAUUUUGUUUUAAAAGGGUAUAGAUGACGCUAGUUCUACUGGAGUGUGCUUCAUGGUUUUAAUAAUGCUUUAAAGUUUACCUUCUAGUCUGAAGUAUUAAUUUUCGUCCACAAACAUUGUGAUACAAACUUUGUUUUUGCUGUUGCUCAUUUAAUUCAAGCAGAUCCAAGUGUUAUACUAUCUCAUUCUAAUACUUACAAUCUUUCACUGAUGCAUCGGGGCCAGUUUUCAU